AAAUCUUAAUCCAACUUUUAUCUACGGUCCCUGAAACCAUCUCUUUGUCUUUUGGCAUAUUUCCCUCCUUAAGUCAACUAUCUCUUUGUCUCUAUAUCAUCUUUCUCUCGGACACUCUCUUUGGAUCGUCAUUUUCUCUCUAUCGACUAAAUUUUAAGAGUGGAAUGGGUAUAUUUCCUGGAUUUGGUGGCUUGAUCAACCAUAACACUCAAGAGCCUCCUAAGGCUGAGAAUGUGAAAUCUAAGUCAAGGUCAGAAAUAAAAAAUACUGAUCACGAAGAGAGAAAUGAGAUGAAGGAGCAACUAAAACUUUGGAGACAUGCAGAGAAGAAAGAACAAUGGGAAGAUGUCCCUGCUAAGGUGAAGGUGGAAACAGAAGAUGGUCUUUGCCAUGUGGACAUGGUAUUUACAUUAGGAUUGCCUCCUCAAGCAGCCUACGACGUUUUGACUAAUCCCGACAACCAAUCAUACUCAAGAAUAAUUAACCAACGCCACGAACUUCUGGUUUUUCUUUUAUGUUCUUAUCAUUGUAUGAUUCAAAUGAGUAUAAGAGUAUUAUUAUAUUAACAAUUUUUGAGAAUGUGAUAUUUUUUUCUUACGAAGGAUAACGUAUCAAGAAAUGUGUUGACGGAUAAUGGAUCGAGCCAGACGGUGGAGGCAGAGAAAGCUGUGGCCUGGAAGUUUCUUUCAUGGUCGGGAACUAUCCCGAUAAGUCUAGAUUUCGUCGAAAACCUAUAUAUGAAAAGGAAAAUGAUGUUCAUGAAAAGUUUUGAGGGUAGUUGGAAAGUGGAGCCAAUAUACGUAGAUUCAAAACGUUUGUGCAAGCAAAUGAAGCCAAAAAGUCGAGAAGAAUACCAUAAAUGUAGUGGUGGACAAGGAAAGAUUGCGUCGAAGGUGAAAAUGAACCAGACCUUUCAGCCUUCUUUUCCUUUUAAUCUGCCACCGCUUUCUUGGUACAUCCGUGAUAUCACCAUCAAGAUUACUAAGGCUCUGAUACAAGAUCUUCAAGAUAUGGGCGCCAAGCUCCGAGGCGUUUGAAAUGCCCUCAAACAUUCGAUAGGUUUCUAAAUCACUAUAGUAUAAAUCCGAAGAGGACAAAUACUAAUCUUUAUAAUCACUUCAUUCAUCUUAACAAGUGUAUUCUUUAUACCGAAUAAAAAAAAUGAGUAUCGUGUUAAAUGUUAA